AUGGUAUUUGUCCGGAGGUAAGGUGAAAACUAACGAAAUGAACUUUUAUUUUCAGGAUCAACAGGGUGAGGGUCCACCACUCUACGAGCAUAUUUACAUGAAUGAGUUCGUAUAUCGAAAGUAAGUACUCUCAUAGAAAGAUAAGAGGUGGGUCUUGAUUUAUAUUCAAUAUUUUUUUUAUUUUGAACAAUAUAUGGUUUAGGCGCAUUUAAUUCAUUAAUUUGGAGUAGUCAUUUUUGAAAAAACGUUAUAAGGUGGAGUAAUCAAAUCAUAUAUUAAUGUCCGACUUUGGUACUUCCAAUUUCAGCUUCUUAAGUUAUUGAUCUUCAAGACAUAAAACAUGGGUAAUUGUUUAAUAAUUGCUAUAUGUAUGUUGAGUGACAUGUUUCAUGCAAGACAUUUUCUUAUGAUUUUUCUUGUUCUUUCUCAUGUUUUUACUGCAUAUCGUUUUCCCCUGCUUAGACAUGUGAAGCAGGAAGAGGAGGAUAUUGUCGUAUGUGUAUGUCAAUUUGAUGCGAAUGAUCCUGACAGUGCAUGUGGGGAGAGGUGUUUGAAUGUGCUGACCAGCACCGAGUGCACACCUGGCUAUUGUCCUUGCGGUGUGUAUUGUAAAAAUCAGGUGAGUCAACCAUCUGUCCUCAAUGAAAUUAUAUAUGCUAUAUUUUAGAAUCAUUCUGGAAUGAAUGCUCAGUAAUGAAAGAUCUAGCUCUACGUUGAAAUCAUAUCUUGCAUGCUGAGGUAGAGCAAUUCUUACAUCCGAAUCGUGAUAAAAAAAAAUUGUGCUCUAAAAAAAAAUGCACCGGGCUUCUCAAAAUACAGAUUUCCAUGUGCUCCAACACAACUUAAGAGUGUAAGUAGGCUGUAGAUUCACACAUCUUUCGUUAAUGCGCAUACAAUCUGGGUAUUCCUUGCCCUCCCGUUGACCUUCUUGCCCCCCUCAGAAUCCACCUUUUAUAGAAGGGUCCUCUCUGACUCUUUCAGCUGCCUCGUAGAGCUCUUUAGUUGUCAAGCUUCUGACAUCAGUGGUUAGCAUCGUUCAUAAUGGCUAAAGUAUAACAUCAGUUUCUUUAUACUAACGUCAACAUCAACGGCUUAGUUUACCGAAAUGUAUAUGAUAUUUUUCUUGCAAGCCAACCCGUAGCCGCUUCCCUGCCAUUGGCUGGUCAACAUUUAGGUGAUGGUUAACGUUGAGAAAUGGCUCUCUCUCUCUCUCUCUCUCGCUCUUGCUCUCGCUAUAGAUAUAUGCGUUUAUAGAAUUACUAUGCAUCCUAGUCUUAUGUCUGCUAUUGGAUUUCAAAAUUAAGUAAACUUAAGAUUUCAGGGUUCAUUUUUAUAAUAUAGAAUUUAAAUAAUAUCCUGCUUUCGGUAAAUUUUGUAGCUAAACUGGUAAAUAUGUUCAACACAGUAAUAUCUUCAGGCGGAGCAUUUGUUCAUUUCAUCUUGCUCUCUCCCUCUUCUUAUCUUCACAGAAAUUCCAGAAAUGUGAAUAUCCAAUAUUAAGGUUAUUUAAAACUGAAGACCGUGGUUGGGGUCUUCUUGCCGCUCAGAACAUCGAGGUAAUACAUCGGCGUCCUCUCUUUAACCUGUGCCCAUUUUUUGUUUAUUAGUUUCUUCUUUUAAUAAUAAUAAUAAUAAUAAUAAUAAUAAUAAUUAUUAUUAUUAUUAUUAUUAUUAUUAUUAUUAUUAUUAUUGUGUUGCGGUUAGAUUGUGCUUUCAUAUCUUAUCUCGCCCCAGAACAGCUCUCCAGACAUGUUUACUUGCCUGCAUAAUCACUUCCAAUGAUCUGUUUGGACAAGCAUUUUGCCUGAAUAACCAACCACAUGGGCUCGACUCAGGCAGGGCAGUUCGUCAUCGAGUACUGUGGGGAGGUGAUCUCCUGGAAGGAAGCCGAGCAAAGGUCUCAGCUUUACGAGUCUAAAGGUACAGGACGACUCAGCUGCUGGAUGAGAUGCCCCGCUGACUUCAACGCCGGUUAAUCACCGUCGGAUGGAUCGCGCAGGUCUGAGAGACGCUUACAUCAUCUCCCUCAAUGGCAAUGAGUCCAUUGACGCCACCAGGAAGGGGAGCCUGGCGAGGUUCAUCAACCAUUCAUGGUGAGAAGCUGCUCGCUCGCUGUUCUAGCGUUGACCUUCUGCCAUGGCAUCCUGAUCCGUUUCCUCACUGGGGAUGCAGCCAGCCCAACUGCGAGACGAGGAAGUGGACAGUCUCGGGCGAGAUAAGGGUCGGAAUAUUUGCAAAGCAGGAUAUCCCCGCUGGAACAGAAUUAUCGUAUGAUUAUAACUUCGAAUGGUACGGCGGUGCGAAGGUCCGCUGCCUCUGCGGCGCACCCUCCUGCUCCGGAUUUCUCGGAGCUAAAUCUCGUGGCUUCCAGGUCAGAAGAUCCCACCUCCUCCUCGUUGGCUGUCCACUUCUGCUCUUCAAAAUGGCGGCAUUUGAUGGGACAGCGUGCUUUUGCAGGAAGCCUUCUAUCUGUGGGAAGACGACGACACCAGGUGACGACCCUGUUUCUUCUUCGUGUCCUCUUUUUCUCCGCUAUUUGUGAGCUUCUUCUUCCCGCAAUUACCCACCACCUCGCUCGCCGCCGGCAGGUACUCCGUCGACAACAUCCCGCUGUACGAUUCCGGGGAGGACGACCCGUCGCUGAAGCUCCCCAAGCCGCCGGCUCCGGCGACGGGGACUGCCGCCGAGGACGGCGUCAGUGGCUCCCUCACUUCGCCGAUGGUCAUCGAGCCGCUGAACUCCGUGCGGAUUGGCAGCGGCGACGGCGAGGCGGCGGCGGCGGGGGAGCAGACGCUGUACUCGCCGGAGGCCCACCACCAGUUCGCGCAGAAUGCGAUGAUAUCCCGCAUCCAGAGCAACGCGGGUUGCCGGAAGUACCACAUCGAGCCGGGGCCUAGCAAAUUCCCCCGCCUCGCCAACGGGAAGACGAAGACCGUCGUGAAGAAGCAGGUGAACGUGAAGCUCCUCGCCGAGAGCUUCGCCUCCGCGGGGACCUCCCAGGAGCUCCUGGCCUUGGAGGUAUUUUCUACUGCGAUUUAGGGUUUUUCUCUCCGCUUGUGGAAGAAGAAAGAGAAGGACGAUGACGAGGGCGCUGCUUGCUUGCUUUUUGCCUUGCAGGAGGCGAAGGAGGAGGCGGCGGCGGCACUGGAGGCGCUGUACGACGAGAUACGGCCGGCGAUCGAGGAGCACGAGAGGGACACCCAGGACAGCGUCUCGACGAGCGUGGCGGAGAAGUGGAUCGAGGCGAGCUGCCGGAAGCUGAAGGCGGAGUUCGACCUCUACGCCGCCGUCGUGAAGGGCGUCACCGGGAACCCCCGGCCACUCCGCCGGGGACGGGCGGUGCCGCCCGUGACCGAGGGCGAGGACAACGGGGAGAUCAAGUACUUGGAGAUGAGUAGUAGUCAAUGA